CCCAAGACUUUCCUGUUUUUCUUUUUAAAUGAAUGUACUGGGUUCUCUUUUCCCCCUUUCUGCUGUUGUCUGCUGAGCUGGGGCUGGUUGGCGCCAUUCAGAGUGAGGAAGGAUUGUCACAAUUUGGGAGCUGCAACAUUGUAUCGCUGAAUCGAUACUGCAUUGACAUCAGGUCUGCCAUGCCCAACAAGCGGAACACAAAGAAGGACUUGCACUCUAACCAGUGGGUCCUGUUAGCACAAGAGUCUGUCAUUGAUGUACCAGACAAGGCUGUCUGUGGACCUGUUUUCACCCGGCUAAGGAAUCCCAAAACAGGCUCUGCUGCUUUGUACCUUUUUAAUAGUGGUGCCAGUCAAGUGUAUGAAGUGAAAGCUUUUGAUGAAGAGUAUCGUUCAUGGUUUAUUGGUCAGUCGGUUCAGCAUGAUGGAAGGCUUCUGUUUGUUACUCCCCUGGAUCCAUUAUUUUUGAUACUUCCAUACCUGAUACAGGCCAAUGAGAAGCAAGGAAAGUUUCAGCCAGUGGAUCAGGUAAUAAAGGAUGAAGAUUUUCCCAGGUGCAGCAACGUACUGAAUUGUACAAGGACUUUGCAAUCACUCCACCACAUCACUGAUGAAAAAGAAAUUGGUAAUCGGAAGUUUUAUAAAUAUAAUCAAGAGAAAACACUUGGGUGGCUAAAGAAAAAGGCUGAGCAGACUGUCAAAGCACUGAAGAACACCAGUAUUUCUGUUGGUGGAGGUGUGCAGUCCAGUAUGCUGAUCAGAAAUAAACCAGUUACAGAAGUGACUGAAGAGGAUUACUUACGUUACGCUCAUGGUUUGCUGUCAGAUUAUAUUCCUGCAGAGCUAAGCAUAGAGCUACGCAAGUUCUUGGAGUUACCAGCUGUUCCAACAAAAACGGCAGUGGGUGAGCCACCAUCAAAGAAAAGGAAAAUAUCUGACAAACCAGUGGAGGCUGAAGAGGACUAUACUAAGUUCAACUCCGAUUCCAAAGAGAAAAAGCCCUCCAAGAUGACAGCUGCACAAAAAUCUUUGGCAAAGGUUGACAAGAGUGGAAUGAAAAAUAUAUCGGCUUUCUUUGCCUCAAAGAACAAAGCAGCGACAAAAUCUACAUAAUGUUUUGGUGAAUUUUUCUUGUGGCAGUGCAGAGCCGUCUUCAAAAGAAAGUGAAAUGCUGAGCUGGAGCAUUGAUUUUAAUAUGAUGCAGAAUCUGCAUUAACAGACUUAAAGCAAUGACAGAAUCAUUUCUCUGGUUACUCUUCACUUUCAGAGGGAUUUCCUAAAAGCAUUGGUUACUCAGGCUUGUUGACUGUCACGUUCCAGUUUUCCUCUCAAUGUUGAAGCAAUUCUUCUGACUUUCUGAGUGAUCUACCACCUGAUGUGUGACAGUGCUGCAUUGACUAACUGUGGUAGCAUGUCGUAGAGUCCUAGAGAUGUACAGCAAGGAAACAGACCCUUCGUUCUAACUUGUCCAUGCCAACCAGAUAUCCCAACUCAAUUUAGUCCCACCUGCUAGCACCCACCCCAUAUCCCUCCAAACUCUUCCUAUUCAUAUACCCAUCCAGAUGCCUUUUAAAUGUUGCAAUUGUACCAGCUUCCACCACUUCCUCUGGCAGCUCAUUCUAUACAUGCACCAUCCUCUGCGUGAAAAAGUUGCCCCUUAGGUCUCUUUCAUAUCUUUUCCCCCUCACCCUAAACCUAUGCCCUCUAGUUCUGCACUCCCCCACCCCAGGGAACAGACCUUGUUUAAUUACCCUAUCCAUGCCCCUCAUGAUUUAAUAUAAGGUCACCCCUCACCCUCCGACGCUCCAGGGAAAACAGCCCCAGCCUAUUCAACCUCUCCCUAUAGCUCAAAUCCUCCAACCCUGGCAACAUCCUUGUAAAUCUUUGCUGAACCCUUUCAAGUUUCACAACAUCCUUCUGAUAGGAAGGAGACCAGAAUCGCACACAAUAUUCCAACAGUGACCUAACCAAUGUCCUGUACAGCUGCAACAUGACCUCCCAACAACUGUACUCAAUACUCUG